UCACUGAUCCUUACGCAGAGUGAGUUUUUACAUUUCACUGAUUUCACUGUAAAGGGUUUAAAUUCAAGUUCAGUAAAUAUAAUCCCGAUAUACUCAUAAAUCCUCAGAAAACUAUUUUUAAAAGACCUGACGACUUUUAUAAAUGUAACACAUAUUUCCCAAACAGAAACGAAUCGUUUUUACACGUUUUUAACCGGUAGUAGUAUUAAUACAACAUCUACAUCCAUAUUUGAUUACUAUUUAUACAUUUAAAACCACGAAUAAAGAGAAAAGUUGGACUAACCUGCACAGUUCUCGAUAAAAAUACAGUUUAUAUCCGAAGAGCCGAACUGGUGCUCUCCAUCUGUGUGUAACCACAUAAAGUGUCCGGCGGGAAACGCUGGUAGAUACAUUUCCGACAGGGCUACUCCGCAUUUUCUCGCGUUGUUUUAAUAGUUUAAUGGCGAAGCGGUAGGAUUCUAAACCUUUCCAGCUAACAGAGGGAAGCAUGGCGUUUCCAACCAUGUUCCAGACGAAGGUUAGAAUCCUGCAGAGGUUGCUGCGGUGCAAACACACGGCAGGAAGCAAGGCAUUCCGCUCCAGGCUGGUUUUAGGCAUCGAGACGAGCUGCGAUGAGACUGGAGCCGCUGUGAUGGACGAAACUGGAGCCAUACUGGGAGAAUCCCUGCAUUCCCAGAAGGAGGUUCAUCUGAGGACUGGCGGCAUCAUCCCGACUGUAGCUCAGGCUCUGCACAGAGGAAACAUCGAGCGCGUGGUGCAGGAGGCUCUGGACCGGAGCGGCGUGGCGCCGGCCCAGCUGGGCGCCGUGGCUGCCACCGUGAAGCCCGGCCUGGCUCUGAGUCUGGCCGUGGGCCUGAGCUUCAGCCUGGGCUUCGUGAGGCGCCACAACAAGCCGUUCAUCCCCAUCCACCACAUGGAGGCCCACGCCCUGACCGUCAGGAUGCUGCAGCCGCUCCACUUCCCCUUCCUGGUGCUGCUGGUGUCCGGAGGCCACGCCCUGCUGGCCGUGGCGCAGGGCGUCGACGACUUCCUGCUGCUGGGCCGAACGCUGGACGAAGCUCCAGGAGACACGCUGGACAAGGUGGCGCGCCGUCUGUCCCUCAGGAAACUGCCGCGCUGCGCCGCGCUGAGCGGCGGCCAGGCCAUCGAACUGCUGGCGCAGGACGGCGACAGGAAGAGGUUCAGCUUCAGGACGCCGAUGGGACAAACGCCCGACUGCUGCUUCUCCUUCGCCGGACUGCGGAACCAGGUCACCUUGCUGAUCCAGAAGCAGGAAGUCGAGGAAGGCGUAGAGGAAGGAACGGUGCUGUCGUGUGUGAACGACAUUGCCGCCGCCACGCAGCACACCGUGGCCUCACACCUGGCGAAGAGAACGCACCGGGCCAUCCUGUUCUGCAGAGCCAACCGGCUGCUGCCGUCACAAAACCCGACGCUGGUGUUGUCUGGAGGCGUUGCCAGCAACCAGUACAUCCGUAAAGCUCUGGCGGUCGUCGCCGAGGCAACCGGGUUGCGGCUGCUGUGCCCUCCGGCCCGGUUCUGCACCGACAACGGAGCGAUGGUCGCCUGGAACGGAGUGGAGCGUCUGAGGGAAGGAACCGGGAUCCUGGCGCCGGAGGUGGAGGUCACCUACGAGCCCAGAGCUCCGCUGGGCGUGGAUAUCACAGCCGAGGUGAGGGCCGCCGCCAUCAGGCCGCCGCCCAUCCGGAUCAAGAUCCCCGAGUGACCGGCAGAGCUCCCUCUAUCCAAACUGUGCAGAUUUGAGAUGUUUAUUUAUUAAUAAAGUAUUUUAAUAUGAA